AAACAUCCCAAAAAUUUUCUUUCCCUACCCUUCACUCAUUGAUAAGAUAACGACAAAACAAGAGAUGGGUUCUCCUUCUAAUGGGUUUUCUGUGUUUGUAUUGGUCAUCAGCUCCAUGGCAGCUGUUGCCUUUGCCACCAGCGACUUCUACCAAGACUUCGACCUUUCUUGGGGUGACAACAGGGCUAAGAUAUUCAACGGAGGGAAGCUUCUGUCUUUGUCCCUAGACAGGGUUUCUGGGUCUGGCUUCCAGUCCAAGAAAGAGUAUUUGUUUGGGAGGAUCGAUAUGCAGCUCAAGCUUGUUGCUGGAAACUCUGCCGGUACCGUCACUGCCUACUAUCUGUCGUCUCAAGGGCCAACACAUGAUGAGAUAGAUUUCGAGUUCCUAGGGAAUGUGACCGGAGAACCUUACAUUCUGCACACCAAUGUCUACACUCAGGGCAAGGGCAACCGGGAACAACAAUUCUACCUUUGGUUCGACCCUACUAGAAACUUCCACACAUACUCCGUCAUCUGGAAACCCCAGCACAUCAUUUUCUUGGUGGAUAAUACUCCCGUGAGAGUGUUCAAGAACGCUGAGUCGAUUGGUGUGCCAUUUCCCAAGAACCAGCGCAUGAGGAUUUACUCAAGCCUCUGGAACGCUGAUGACUGGGCUACAAGAGGUGGGUUGGUCAAGACAGAUUGGACAAAGGCACCAUUUACUGCAUAUUACAGGAACUUCAACUUCGCCCCGGCUACUACAGGCUCCUCAAGCUCUUCCUCCGGCAGUUCAUGGGAGAAUGCGGAGCUAGACGCCACCAGCAGGAGGAGAUUGAGGUGGGUUCAGAAGUAUUUCAUGAUCUACAAUUACUGUACCGACUUGAAGCGCUUCCCUCAAGGCUUCCCCCCUGAGUGCAGACGCUCCAGAUUCUGAAUGGAUUUUGUGGUUUAAAAUUCUUUUUCGAACUUCGUUUGUUUUAAGUUCCACUCUCCUUGAAGAUCUUGAGUUGCGUUUUUUUAUGUGUUUUUUUUUUUUUUACCCUCUUGUAUAUCUUGUUUUAAAUAAUAAAAUUUAUUUUGAAUU